GGACUCUUGAAUUGCAUUCCCACAAAAGAAGGAAAUGGCAUUGCAGCAAAUAGCAACUAACCGAGAAGAGGCUGAGAUCUACCAAGGGGCGGCACUUUGCAAGCAAAAGUCCAUGGAGCUCCUCGGCGAGUUGCGUCUGCCCAAAGGGCUGAUGCCUUUGGACAAUCUCGUCGAGGUCGGGUACAACCGGACCACGGGGUUCAUCUGGCUGAAACAGCAGAAGAGCUUGGAGUAUCGGUUCAAGGCCAUUGGCAAAACUGUCUUGUACGAACCGGAGAUGACGGCGUUCGUCGAGGAUCGUCGGAUGCGGAGGUUGACAGGUGUCAAAAGCAAGGAGCUACUGAUCUGGGUUAGCAUUUCUGAUAUUUGUGUUGAUAAAAGUAAUCCUAGCAAGAUCACUUUUGCUAAUUCCACGGGGCUGUCACGGUGUUUUCCGGUGGCGGCCUUUGAAGCUGAGGGAGAAGGGAGGAACUAAGUUAUUAUUGUUGUUUUUUAUAUUUAUUGAAAUGUUGGAAAUAAUUAUGUUUGCUCAAAAAUGAUUUAAUGAACAUUUGCUUCAGUUUAUUUUUAUAAAUAAAAUAAUAAUUAUUAUUAUGCAAAA